AUGUAUACUACCCUACCUCCUAACCGUUACUAUAUGUUUCUAUACUGGUUACAUUCCCAGGUUAAGUCUCUACGACAUGAAAUACAGAGAUCAUAUCUGGGAACCAGUAGAAUAUAUGUCUGUGCUAUGUGCCAUCUGGACUGUGGGGAAGGAUCCUCACCAAAAAUGGUAAAUGGAUGUCCAAGUUGUACAGAAUGCGUCAAAGAUGCCAAAAGAACAUCACCUCCUGUUGCAUGUGCUAUGUGCUACCUGGAUUGUGGAGAAGGAUCCUCACCAAAAAUGGUAAAUGGAUGUCCAAGUUGUACAGAAUGUGUCAAAGAUGCCAAAAGAACCUCACCUCCUGUUGCAUGUGUUAUGUGCUACCUGGAUUGUGGAGAAGGAUCCUCACCAAAAAUGGUAAAUGGAUGUCCAAGUUGUACAGAAUGUGUCAAAGAUGCCAAAAGAACCUCACCUCCUGUUGCAUGUGCUAUGUGCUACCUGGAUUGUGGGCAGGGAUCAUCACCAAAAAUGGAAAAUGGAUGUCCAAGUUGUACAGAAUGCGUCAAAGAUGCAAAAAGAGCUGAUGUAUGUGCUAUGUGCCAUCUGGAUUGUGGGGAAGGAUCAUCACCAAAAAUGGUAAAUGGAUGUCCAAGUUGUACAGAAUGCGUCAAAGAUGCAAAACGAGCAGAUGCAUGUGCUUUGUGCCAUCUGGACUGCGGGGAAGGAUCCUCACCAAAAAUGGUAAAUGGAUGUCCAAGUUGUACAGAAUGCGUUAAAGAUGUGUAUUGCUCAAAAUUGUUUGAUUGUAUUGUAGUAACUGAAAUGCAAGCAACAUCUAUACUGAACAUUCGGAAAUGA